AGCCCAAUAGCCAAUGAGGAGCCCGUGAUUACGGAGAAUUGUGUAUCGCGAGACCUCCGCUCUUCCUUCUCCCUUUUCGCUCCAAGUCCAAGAUGGGAGUCGACAUCAGACACAACAAGGACCGUAAGGUGCACAGAAAGGAGCCAAGAAGUCAGGACAUCUACCUGAGGCUCCUGGUCAAGUUGUACAGGUUUCUGGCCCGUCGUUCAAAUGCUCCCUUCAACAAGGUGGUCCUCAGGAGGCUUUUCAUGAGCAAGACCAACAGGCCACCCCUCUCAGUCUCAAGCCUGAUUCGCAAAAUGAGGCUGGCUGGACGCGAGAACAGAACCGCGGUUGUUGUGGGAACAAUUACCGAUGAUGUGAGGAUUCAGGACAUCCCCAAGCUCAAGGUUUGUGCACUGAGGGUUACUGAUGGCGCCCGCCGUCGCAUCCUGAAGGCCGGUGGUGAGAUCAUGACCUUUGACCAGCUGGCUCUCGCUGCCCCCAAGGGACAGGGAACCGUGCUGCUCUCAGGACGCCGCAAGGCCAGGGAGGUGUACAGGCACUUUGGGAAAGCCCCUGGAACUCCUCACAGCCACAGCAAGCCCUACAUCCGAUCCAAGGGCAGGAAGUUCGAAAGGGCGCGUGGCCGUGGAGGAAGCAAAUAAAAGAACUAACCAGUCCAUUUUGUUUUCCAUGCAAUUUGAUUCAAAUAAAGAUUGGAUAUAUAAAAGAAUGGAA